AUAUCUUAAAAAUAAGUAAUUCCUGUCAUUAAGUCUGAAUAGUUGUAUGUAGACGUGGCACAGUAGUAUAUAUUCGUAGUAACUGAAAUUUAAGGUAUUAGGACAAAUCGAGUAAGUGUUAGCCGCAAGCAAAAUAGAGCCUGGCCCGUUUAACCACGGCCUCUGGUAGCUGGGAGAUCCGGGGAUAACGCUGUCAAAUCGGAAAGCUACAUUUGAUUUGGGGGCCAGCGUACUCCAAGAAACCUCUUAACAGACUUCAAGUUCACGUUGAGAAGCAAUGGAGGCACCGCCUGUGACUGUUAUGCCCGUGACGGGCGGUGCGAUCAACAUGAUGGAAUAUCUGCUGCAGGGUAGUGUUUUGGACCAGGCUCUGGACAGUCUGCUGCAUAGGCUGCGUGGCUUGUGCGACAACAUCGAGCCCGAGACGUUCGCCGACCACGAGCUGGUGUACUUGCUGAAGGGCCAACAGGGCCAACCCUUCCUGCUCCGCGCCCGUCGGUCCCUCUCGCACCCGGCCGCCCCUUGGCAUCUGCGCUACCUGGGCCAGCCCGAGGUGGGCGACAAGAGCCGGCACGCGCUGGUGCGCAACUGCGUGGACGUGGCGGCCUCGCACAGCCUGCCCGACUUCCUCAACGAGAUGGGCUUCCGCAUGGACCACGAGUUCGUGGCCAAGGGCCACGUGUUCCGCAAGGGCACCAUGAAGGUGGUGGUGAGCAAGCUGUCGCGGGUGCUGGUGCCGGGCAACACGGAGAACACGGAGCAGUUGUCGCUGUCGUCGCUGGUGGAGCUCAGCGUGCUGGCGCCCGCCGGGCAGGACACUGUGUCCGAGGACAUGCGCGCCUUCGCCGAGCAGCUCAAGCCCCUGGUCCACCUGGAGAAGAUCGACCCCAAGAAGCACACGUGAGGGAGGACUCACAGGGCAGCUCAGUGAUAAUGGAGGCCCAGGAAUUGGCUCUCUUGGGGGGCGGACGGGACUAGAUGACUCAUGCCCAGAUUUAAUGGCAGACUGAUGUUUUCAGAGACAGCAUAAACAGCAUCGUCCACAGGCACAGGGAGCCUUUGUCCGGUUGCACACUCUCUCAGCACCUACACACACACACACACGGUGUCCUAACUGACUAAUGUCUUUUUCCACUUUUUAACAUCACAUCUUUGACAUAUGAUCAUGACAAUGAGUGAGAGACUGUGUAUGACAUCAGAGACAAGCGGGCGUUCGUGUUGCCCUAAGCAUAGUUAGGGUUAAUAAAUAAUAAUGAUCUUCA